CCUAUUGUUGAGACAAAACUCAUACCAUUGAGAUUAUAGCUGACAAACUGUUAGCUAACUAACUGUGCGAAGAAUGGGUUUUCCACUUUUAUGUUAGUCGGUUUGCUUAAGCAAGUUGUGUGACCCAACUGUGCCAACAUUUUUGGUGCCAAACAUUCAUAUAAAUUAACAGUUAGUAUGACUCAAGAAAGUGAUGACUGCAAUGAAGAAGAACGACCACAGAAGCAAACGCUUUACCAAAGUCUGAAACGAGACUCUCAUUUAAAGUGCCUUUUAUUGACUGUUCUCAUCAGUGGUUGUCUGUGUGUCAUCACAUGGUGUAGUGCAACACAAAUUGACCGCAUGGUUGUCCACUUUCAAAGUUACCCAAUGACUACAAUACAUAAAGUUAGUCCAUGUGAUGAGGGAUAUGUCUAUAUACCCAUCGUAUUCAUGUCGAUGCUAUAUAUAGUCUAUUUAGUCGAGUGCUGGCACUGUAGCACACGCUUUGAAUUGAUAUAUGGGUUGAAUGCCGACGCCGUGUACACACAUAUUGAACAGAUGAGAGAAGCACAGCCUAUCAUAUGGUGGAAGGCAGUGAGUUAUCAUUACAUCCGGCGCUCCCGACAAGUGACUCGUUAUCGCAAUGGAGACGCCUAUACAACAGCACAGAUAUAUUACGAAAGAAUCAAUACUCACGUCACGGGCUCUUGUUUUUCAUACGGAAACUGUGGGGUCAAAGAUAUAUCAAAGAAACUCAUGGAUCUUGAAUUACAUCCCAUCACUAAAAUUAGAUUUACUAAAGGCUUUGCAUUUGCUAACAUAGAGUCGGCCAAUGAAUUUGAAGGACAGAGAUCAACAUUUUUUGAGGACAAUGAACGAUACGAUGACUAUUUAGAAAUGCGUGAGGGCUUGGACUUAGUGGGCGCCAACUUUCAAGAGUAUAUAAUAUCUUAUGGUAACAGUGCCCGACAGCCCUGGUAUGUAUCUCAUGUUGCCUUUUGGCUCUUUUCACUUCUUCUACUUUCGUGGCCUUUUCGGGUACUUAUUGAAUAUCAGACGGCAUACGUUCACUUUCAGGUUAUUAAAUUGUUUGGAGAAAAUUUUGUCACCUCUUGUAAUGAUUUAAGUGCACUCUCGAGGGAUACUACUAUAGAUAGUGUAGAGUUUAGUAAUAACUAUACAUUGGCUCCGAGCUAUUCGGAGGCUGUCCUCGUAACCGAUCGAUUCCCAGUCAGACCAGACACUGGUGUUAACAUUGAACAUCAGUUGUCCGAUCAAUUUCGUACGGAUAAGUCUAUGGAGUCGAUAAUUACAAGAACCAGUAAUAGAUUAAGACAAUCAUUAAGUCGGACAUCAUUAAGAAACGGUCAGAUCUUGUACUUUGUGUCUUCAAUCACUCAGAACAACGAGAAUAAUGUCAUCAGAAGACUGUCAUUAAUCAAUGGUGACACCGAUGUAACUAACAAUGACAUUAUAACCGACAAUCCGCCCACUUAUGAGGAGGUGUUACUUGAGAGACACACAUCGCAACUACCGCUGAACGGUAUGUUAUCAUUGAAACCGUUGAGGCGUUCAAUCACUGACCGCGACUUUUUCCGACGACUGUCCCAUCAUUUACGUCGGCAAUGGAAUAGUUAUAUUGAUAUUCAAUUAAAUUUUAACAAUGAAACACAACUUUGA